CUACAGUCCUCCUAGUUACGGAGCAGCUCAUCGUCCACAGGGAAUUUCAACAAGGUCUACAGCAGGAGAAAGAUGAAGGCCAUCAGCCCAGUGAGAGCCAUGCCCAGCUGCUACCAGGCUGUGUGCUGCCUGUCUGAACAGAGCCUGAGCAUUGCCAGAAGUAGUAGCCACAAGGGAGGUGUGGAAGAACCCAUGGGUCUCCUUUAUGAUAUGAAUGACUGCUACUCCAAGCUGAAGGAGCUGGUGCCUGGCAUCCCUCAAGGGAGCAAACUAAGCCAAGUGGAGAUCCUCCAACAUGUCAUCGACUACAUCUUCGACCUGCAGAUCGUACUGGGUGAAGAGCAACAACACGGCGGCAGCAUCCUCUCACUACAGAAUUCAAAUUUCUCUGAAAUGUCAAGGACAGAGGAUUCCAGUGUUUUCCAUUGACCUACCUGCUUGUCAUGGUGUGGGAAACUCUUGAAAAAAA